AUGAGUGGCUUCGCGCAUGAUAAUAUCCGGACACUUGAGGUGGACGUGUGCAGCUCGGAGUCCAUCGAAGCUGCCGUUCGCAGGAUUAUUGAGGGAUGUGGGAGGAUUGAUAUCGUGGUAUCCAACGCUGGAGUGGGCGCAUUCGGACCUAUCCUAGACGUCUCCGUUGACAAGGCGCGUGCGGCGUUUGAUACCAAUUACUUUGGUAGCCACAGGCUCGCACAGGCUGUCCUACCACAUAUGUUCCAGCGACGAUCAGGCAAGUUCGUAUUGGUUGGAUCUAUCGCUGGUCUGAUUCCUGUACCAUGGAACGGGACAUAUGCUUCGUCGAAGGCUGCCCUCCAUACCCUGGCUGACGUCCUCAGCACGAAUGCACCCCGUUUGACGUUCAAGUCAUGACCCUCAUUCCCGGGUUUGUGAGGUCCCAUAUCAUCGACAAUAUGCAAGGAUAUACGGUGUCUCUAUCAUCCCUGGGCCGAAGUCAUUCACAAGCGCUUUUCUGGCAGUCAAACAAGUCCCUCGUGCAUGCGCAUCGAGCAACUCGCGAAACAAGUAGUAAGAGAGUUGCUGAGAACUCGAGUG